CCCCAAAUAUCUUCCAUUUUGGUCUGACUGACCCCCAGCGCACCACCCUCACAGCACACAAAAAGUGUGUGGGGAGCAAGACGAGCAUUUACAUACAAGAGCGCUUUGUACUCACUUUUUUCUUAUUUGGGGUUUAAGGCUGCACUAAAGAACGUUUGCUUGAUUUUUGAGUCUGAUCAUUUGUAACUGAUCACUCAGCUGAAAGGACACAUUCCAUUUUCUUUGCCCUGUUGAAGGAGGGCUAUCACAAGUGGAACACAACAGUUGAAGGAUUUCGAGCUGGCAUCAAGAACAGUGGAGAUACAUUUGUCAUCUAAGGCCAGGAAAUGAUAAAGUGGACGAGCGCAGAGGCUCAGUGAGUCCUUCAUGGUGACUUAAUGCCAGCUUGUUUGUUAAACGCGUGAAGAUCCAGAAACUAUAAGGUUGACAAGUGCUGACAGUCCUGGCAACAAUGGAUUCUCAAGGUGCUCCAUACCUGAACACCGGGGCACUGCUGUCACCUCUUGGUGCUGCCCGACUUUGCCAGCUGGCAAUGGGCUGUGCUGUGAUCGCCAUGGUAACCCACAGUGCCGGACACAGCGGUUCACAUGGCAUGUUCUGCAUGGCCGUUUGGUGCUUCUGCUUUGCCAUGUCCAUUGUGGUCUUCUUCUUGGAUGCCACUCGUCUCUACAGCUGCCUGCCGAUUUCCUGGGACAACCUGACGGUCACAUGUGCCGCCUUUGCCACUCUUGUGUAUGUGACAGCCUCUGUGGUCUACCCGCUCUUCUUCAUCCGAUCCGAGUGUCCCUACGCCGGCUGCGAUGUCCGAAAUUACCGCAUCGCCGUCACCAUCUGUUCCAUCCUGGGAGCACUGGCCUACGGGUCUGAGGUGGCCUUGUGUCGAGCCAGGCCGGGCCGGGCUGUGGUGGGCUACAUGGCCACGGUCUCUGGGCUCCUUAAAGUGGUCCAAGGCUUUGUGGCCUGCGUCAUCUUCGGCGCUUUGGCCAACGGGAGCCAGUAUUCCCGCUACGCAGCCACCAUCUACUGUGUAGUGGUCUAUUCUUUCUGCUUCUCUCUGACUGCAGUCGUGGUCAUCAUGACGGUGUGCGGGCGCACCAAGUCGGUGCGCUGUAUGCCCUUCGAUCGCUUUGUGGUGGUGUGCACCCUGUUGGAGGUCCUUCUAUACUUGAGUGCGUCGGUGGUGUGGCCCGUAUUCUGUUUUGACACCAAAUAUGGCUCCCCUUGGCGACCAUCGUCCUGUCCUCAAGGGGAAUGUCCAUGGGACAGUAAAGUUGUGGUGGCCGUCUUCUCCUUUGUCAACUUUGUGCUGUAUGUGACAGACCUGGUCUACUCUCAGAGGAUACGCUUUGUCUCGUCACGUUUGUCCACCUCCUCUAGGGCGUAGCGCUUCAACGAGAUGCACAAGUCUGAUGUCAUCACAAGACUCCAUAAACUUCAGGUUUUUAUAGGUUGGCGUGAACAAUUAUUUUGACCAUGUUAUUCCACGUGAAACUUUCUCUCAUACUUUCACCAAAGUUCUGCCUAUUCAGUAGCUUCGUGGAAUGCCAGCAUGGAAUCUGCCACACCCCAAACAGACACUACGAGAGGCACUCGGGGGUCCUUUGUAGCAUGUGGAGGGAUUAGGGUGGCCAUCAGACACUUGGUAUGUGCCAUUCUUGUCACCUGCGCUCUUAUCAUGCUUGCAUGUCUGCAGCUCCAAAAAUAUUCUUGCAACUUUCCCACCAAUUGUCAUGCUCACCAAUGGAAUGUCCACGCUGAGACUCACUUCACUUCCGUCUCGCUGAGACGUGCGUGCAGGUCAACUGUCUAACCAAUCAAAUGUGUCGCGCACACACAUCCUCAGUUCUUUGUUUACAUGAUAAACUCUCAUUGUCUCCUGUUGUUUUGGUUUUAUCUGCUUCAUGUCGGCAUUAUGGGGGACACUUAAAACAUCACCAAUUAGCAUGAAGAUGUCGAAACAGCACUUUCAUUCAAACAGCAGCAUAGACUGUAUUACUGUGUAGAAGGUAUUGGUAUGUAGAAUAUAUUCAUGUGUACGUGAAGAGGGAAAGGAUCCUAACAGCUGCGGCUUUUUGGAGGCCAACCUUGAUAUAUUUAGCCACAAGCUAAAGUAAUCCCUCAGUCUGCAUUCCUGUCCAGCAGCAGCAUGUGAAAAUAGAUGCACUGCAUCUUUUCUGUUGGAAAAAAAAUCCUGUAUAGUGUGCUAUACACACCUGUCUGAUGGCCUAACAUCAUACAUUUCUACAUACGUCCCUGUAUAAUACCAUACACAUCUUACAUGCCCAACUUUUUUCGGUUCGAAAGAACCAAUGGCAAUUAAAGAGAAAUCUGAGGACAAAGUGAAGGUGGUCUGUACACCCUCUGAAUGAGUCUUAUGCUAAUAAUGCUCUGAUUCGUCUUUCCUUACUGAGGACUUGGCUGCCCUGUGUCCUCGUCUCAGUUAUUUAUGACUUCCAUUCUCUAAUUGUACAGAUAAUUCAUUAGCAGAAUUACUUUAUGCUCUGGUUUUCCCCCAUUUUUUAUGUUUUUAUUUGUUUAAUUUUAUUUUUACAAUGUGUGACAGGUCCAUAAACAAUCCACCUCGAACCACAGAUGGGCCCUAGGCUGCACUUGUAGAUAUCAUUGUGUUUUUCUUCCUUUAUGUCCUAUCGUGCUGCUGUAAUCUACAUUUCUAUCUUGUCUUAUCUUAUAUCCAUCGGAACAAAUGAUGUUGUCAGACAUGUUUAAUAGAGGGCAAAUAUAUAUAUAUAAUGGAACAGUACGAGACAAUGUACCGAUAUCAACACACAUAACACCAUUUGAUUACAUACACUUAAAAAGGA